AUGUCAAGGACAAUCGAGAGUAGAUGUUUUGCCCAGACUUGGAAGGGAAGGGCUGUAAAUCGUGAGAUAUGCGGUAGAACGACCCAAUUUAUCAUGGUAUCUCCUGUAAUUGAUAUUGGGUGUGCGGAGCAGGCAGUAUUCAAGUUUGAAGCUGCACUUAAGUCUUAUGAACGUGAGAAAACUUCAAGCCGGUGGGAUACAGUCAUAAAAUCAAGAUAUUCAGCAAGCCAGUUUGGGAUUGCUAUGUGUAGUGGCUGUAAGAAAACAAAAAGAGUAUCGAAUUGGGUGAAGCAAAACGUUGAUCCUGCUGCAGGACCACUUCUUGAUGACAACAUUGCCAAGCUCAACCGCGGCACUGAGCAGAGAGAUCAGCAUAGUUAUCCCAGAACGCAGACAAAGACAUCCGAGACAGAUGCGCCGGAAUCAUCUUUUCCCGUUGGUCCCAGCUCCUCUGUCUUCAGAGUACAGAUGGAUGUCCCACUGCCCCCACUGCCUACUCCACCUACCAGAUGGAGGUCACAGGUGCCGGAUCUACCCCCUUGGAAGCAACCACCUAGUCAACUCAGGGCACAAGAUGGAUCUACCUCCCAAAUUGAUCUCCCACCACACCAUCCAGACAGGUUUUUGCCACGGACCCAGGAACAACCAGGAGAAUGGAAUGUAUGGAACACAGGGGCUGUCAUGCCUCCCACCUCAUCACCGGAGGAUGGCAAUCAGGCUCACUCAUCACUGUCUGCUUUUUGGGAGCCGGGCAUGGGUGACUGGUACCCACAUGGCCACACACAAGGAAACACUGCCUCUGAUGACAUGAUCUCAAUGGCUCAAAGUGCAGAGAGCUUGGGUGGCCCUUCCACCAAUUGGGCUCAGCAGGACGUCCCUCAUUCAAGUGUCGGCCAAGCAAGUGGAAAUGUUUUUUGGCCGCUUCAAGAACGGGUUAACAAUGCUACUUAUGACUCUCUUUCUUGGGAUUUAUACAACACCGGAACCGAUUGA